AUGGCAUCCACAAACACCAUUAAUAAUGGAAUUGCCGAUAAUUCAUCAAAUCCUGUUGCAUCUUACACGGUAUCCGACUUAUUAGCCAAAAUCUCAUCGUUGGUGGAUACGUGUGAUUACGAAUUAGCUUUGCAAUUCGCCAGACGAGCAUUGAGCAUGGAUGAUAAAAAUGUCGGUGUUUUGGAGAUUCUGGGAACGGUGGAAAUUGAAAUGGAAAUGCUCGACGAAGCUAAAGAGCAUUUCGCUAAAGCAAUUUCAAUAAAUCCAAAUCAAGGUUACUCGAAAUACAUGUACAUGGGACAAUUGUCCGCCGGUUUAGAAGCAAUUAAUUAUUUUCAAAAUGGUGUGAACUUAAUGAUCACCGAGUAUAAAUCGAAUCCUAAUCGCAACGGCGGUGAAAAUCAUGAAAAUAACACGACUGCUGCAGCUUCAUCAUCUACUUCACAGCAAGAGUCCUUAAACCGCAAAAUUUCCACAGCUCUGUGUUCAAUGAUUGAAAUCUACCUAACUGAUUGUUGCUUUGAACCGGACGCGGAAUCAAAGUGCGAGGAAUAUCUAAAACAAGCAUUAGAAAUUGAUCCGAGCAACCCUGAAGUUCACCAGUUAUUAGCAUCCGUCCGACUCUCCCAGCAAAAGAAUGAAGAGGCAAAAGUCGCAUUGGAAAAAAGUCUGGAUCUAUGGAUUCACCUAGAGCCAGAUGAUCCAUCGAUACCCUCUUACGAAACUCGCAUAUCCCUAGUCAAGUUACUUCUGGAAAUCGCCCAAUACACUCAAGCUCUUUCCGUCCUUGAACUCCUACAAAAAGAAGAUGAUCAAGUAGUUGAUCUAUGGUAUCUUUAUGGUUGGUGUUAUUAUUGUAUGGGCCAAGACUCAUCACAAAACGAGGAAGAUCAAAUGGCUCAUUGGGAAGACGCACGCGAUUGUUUGGUUACUUGUGAAAAGUUAUACCAUCAAGUUUCUUCGGAUAACGAAGGUAUCUUAGAACACGCGCAAGAACUCUUGCAAACCAUCAACGCCUUUGUAAAGCCUUCGCGUACAUCAGGAGAUGAAGACGAAGACGAUGGCACCGAUGGUUGGGAUGAUUUGAGUGCUGACGGCGACGAUGAUGUUCAAAUGGAAAUGUAA